AUGGCCGAUGACGAACUCUUCACACGGGCCAUUUCUGGGUAUCGGGACGCUUUUUUGGUUCAGCACUCCCACCUUCCGGAAUCAGAGCGAAACCAACUUUGGGGCCAACGGCUAAGUCAGUUCAUACCGGCAACGGCAUCCUCUUCCCUCAACAGCUACCGUCCGGUCUCCGGCUCUGGCAUCCUUGAAAAUGGCGCUUCAACAACUCUCGAGAAAUCUGGGAAACGGGCUCGACAGGAUACUCCCCGGACUCUACCUGGUUCUGGUCUUCCUCCGACGAAACGACGAGUCACCACUCCGGAUCCCCCGGUGACCGUUGAUCUGACGCGCGAGUUGUCUCACGCGUCCUCUCCGGCAGCUCCACAGACGGCUCAGCACCUAUCGAGGUCGAAUUCUCGCAAGGACGGCUCGUCCGGUUUCUCGGGUCCUGGGUCCUCCCGACACACGACCAUGGUCCGUUCGCAGAGCCAACAGACUCCGGUGUCUCACCGGCCUUCGCUGGCUUCCAACAUGACGGGACAUCGACACUCCUAUGGACCUUCGCGCGCCCAACGCCGCCUUGACCACGUUAGCGAGUAUUCUCCAUCAGAAUACGCCAAGCAGUACUUGGACGACCACCAGGCUCAACAACGGGGUGCUUCGGUACUCUCCAUGGCACUCUCUGCGGACUCGACAUCGAAUGGACUCGAUCAACAACCCUCCCGCCAAUCCCCCAAUCAGCAGUACCAGGGACCUUCCGCGCUGACAUCCGGCCUGAUGGGGAUGGGACAUCCUUCGUUGGCCGACCAGGCUGCCACGGGCGCUGUUGACAUGAGUAGGAGCACCACUACCGAUUCGAUAUGUGGUGGCAUCGGCAUGAUGCGAUUUGAUUCUUCGGGGCCAAAUCUCGACCCCAAUUUCUCUUUCCCCUACCCUUCGUCUGAUUUUGUUUCGUCCACCUCCCCUAUGAACGUCCCCUUUUCCACCUUUACAUCCAUGCAACGGGAUCUUGAUCCUGUCACCUUCCCCUUCGCUGAAUCUUCCGCUCCUCCCGCAUUCUCCUGCUCUGCCCCCUCUGCCACGACUUUCCCCCAACAACCCAUCUCUACCCUACCACUCUCUCCCGCCGUGGAGAUGAAGCAUUCCAUGUCCGCCGAAAGCAAUAGUUCCUCCUUCUCCCAGCCGUCUAGAGCGGCUCGAAGAACCCAAGAACAAAUUGUGCAGGGCGCUCGACCCAUCGCCCCCAAGGUGGAGUCGAGCGGUUCUCAACCUAAAGCGGCUGAGCAACACAAGAUGAUCCGCAUCUCAUCCUCCGACGGGACAGCCAAGGAGGUGGCAGCCAUUCCCAAGGCAUCGAUUCAGCGGCCCCCACGUCCCAAGACAUAUUGUUCGAUGUGUAACGACCAACCCGAUGGCUUCCACGGGGAGCACGAGCUGCGUCGGCACAUCGAGCGGGUGCACGCGGUGAUUCGCAAGGUUUGGGUUUGCGUUGACAUCUCUCCCGGCAAGACGUUCCUGGCCAACUGCAAAGCAUGCCGGAAUGGGAAGCGAUACGGCGCGAAUUACAACGCCGCCGCUCACUUGCGUCGGACUCAUUUCAACCCUUGCCAGCGAGGCCGGGGUGGACGUGGGAAAGACAGUGAAAAGCGCGGCGGGAAGGGCGGUGGAAACCACCCGCCCAUGGAAGUCCUGAAGCACUGGAUGGUGCAGAAGGAGGAGAUUGUCCUUGAAAAUGCCCAGAACUAUAUUGACCAAGAUGCAAUCGGGGACGACCUGGCGGCAGCCCCGUCGUCGGUGCCCACCGAGGAUGCGACGUUCCCGGGGUUGUCGUCAGCGCCGGCCGACGAUAUGCCCCAACAUGGGUUGGAAUCAACCAUGAUGACUGGGUACGAUGCCUUUUCUGGUUUUCCCACGAUGGGCCUGGAUUCAUCUCUUGAUACUUCCUGUUAUCUGGAUGCUCAGCCUCUGGCUCCUGAGAUUGAUUCGUAUGUGUGAUCUAUAUAAUCCUUUAGAACCUUUUCUUCCCCUUUGUUCUUUUCAUUUGGUUUAUUGCCAACUUCAUGUUGAUAUAUGGGAUUUGUAUUCUUUUUCUGGUUCGUUUUUUUUUUUCUUGUUAUUUCCUUUGGACCCUUACAUAAUUUUCUUCUUCUCUUCUCUGUCAUGCGGGUUUGACCCGCCUUUCUUCUCUUACUUUUACCCAUUUCGUCUUCUUUCUCUUUAUCUCUUCUCUUCUUUGUUGCUUUUUGACUUUUUCUUCUCUCUUCCCUUCUUCUCUUUUUUUCCCUUUCUAUUUCUCUCUUCCAUCGAUUCUUCAUUCUCGAAUCUUUGCCUUUUGCCGCGCGCAAACUCACAGGGGUCGAAACAGCCGACCUCUGCGCCGCCUCAAUCAAGGCGACAUGGGACGACAUAAUGUGUGAUGAUGAACAGCCAAACAGUGAAACAGCCAGACUCCAGUGUUCUUUGUUCUUUUUUGCUCUCUUGAAUAUAUUUGAAUUGGUGAACGUCAUUCUUUGACGGCAACGGCACUAUCCCGGGGCACCCCUUGACUGGGACCCGAUCGGGAUGGCUCCUAUCCGGCUCUGACCGGCAACGAAUCCCUUGAUAAUUACCUACAUUUUAGGUACUUAGUUGCUUUCACUACCUCCUACUUACCACCCAGGGCACACUGCAGAACGUACCUAGGACUGUAGGCCGCCAGACGGCACGCAACCCCAGCGCAGCUGAAGAUGCAAGAACAGUGGGAGUGAUAGGGCGCUGGUCAUGCAAUGAAGCCUACGAGGGAGGGCCUACCACGACGGUGUCUGCUUACUGAUUGAAGAUCAAGAUCAAGAACAAGAUGAUGACGAUGUCUGCUAACUCGUUGACUCGACGACCGCCACCGAGCGAGGCUGGUCGGUGGAGAAGGACGCCAUCAGCGGGACUCGGGAAUGCGGAAAUCGGGUCUGUAGGGCAGGCCGGAGCUUUGUAUUGUAAUGAAUGACCCUUGAUGGGCUGGCUCGACUAAUGAACCUCUGGGAAGUGCGGAGGGAGAAGAUCGAUAUAACUGAUAUUGGGGACAGGUUACGGGAAUAACAUUCAGUUUUAGGAACUAGUUCAGGGUGACUAAUUUUUUUCAUCGAAACGACGGUGACGUAGAGGAUCUGUCUUUUUCGUACGAGGGUACCGUACCGUCAGCCUGAGUUCUCGGGCAUCGGCAGUUCAGCCUGAGGCUCGCAGAAUCCACUCCAGAAAGGGAGGCGGUAUAGCAUAGAGUUACUUACAAGGGAAGAAAAAGAGAGAAAAGAUAAAAAUUUCUAAUUCAAAAAUGUUAUAAAUUGAAACUCACCAAACCAGGUCCCUAGUCCCACCUGAGAUAGAGGCUUAUGAUUAUACCGACGCUACGCAGCGAUCCGGUCUCCUCUUUUUCUCCGCCCCUUUCGCUUUUGUCCCCCUAACGUCUUGUCCGGUUCUUCUUCUUACUCUUCUUCCCCCCCCCCCCUCUUUCCCAACUUUCAUCUCCCUUUUCGAUCCGUUCGAACUUGGCAUUUCUUAGGUACGCUCUGCUCCCCUGUUAUUGGCCCUGCUGCGUUUCCCACGAGCAACUCUUCCCCAUCUGCCGACUCCCCAUCGGAGAUUGCUCUGAGUACACUCACUGACUGGUGCGACACCACAUUUCUGCUGCAGCUGCCUCGCUAUCCAUCAC